GACACACGCAAAGCAACAAAGAGAUAAAAUCAGAAUUAAAAACAUCUGCUAUGAGCUCCCUGAAUAUCACCCUCUCUCUAAAUACAACUUUUGUACGUCCCCCAUUUUUUUUCAUCAGUGGAUUGAAUAACAUGCCCCAUGCUAAAUACUACUACAUUUUCUUGUGCUUUGUUUUUGUGGUCUCGGUGUUGGGAAACUCCUUUGUCAUGUUUAGUAUAUACGCAGAGCGCAGUUUUCACACCCCAAAGUAUUUCUCUGUUUUUAAUUUGGCUCUAGCUGACUUAGGUGAAAGCACUGCUCUUAUUCCGAAUGUAGUUGCAAUGUUUCUGUUUGAUUCACAAUACAUCUCCUUUGACGCUUGCUUGGCCAACAUGUUUUUUGUGUUUUUCUUUUCCUCUUUGCAGUCUCUCACUCUUACUGUUCUGGCCUAUGAUAGAUUGGUGGCAAUAUGCUUGCCACUGAGAUACCAUGCCAUCAUCACAAUACCAGCAAUGACUGUGAUAUUAACAGUGGUGUGGACAUAUAAUUCAGUUUUACUGAUUUUAAUGGUGUCUUUGGUUCCCAGGUUGUCUUUUUGUAAAUCCAUUGUGGUGGAAAGCUACUUCUGUGAUCAUGGACCCAUAUACCGCAUGGCAUGCAAUGACAAUCAUGUCAAUUUAAUCAUGGUAAUUAUUAACAUGAUAUUAUUACUUUAUUUGCCGAUUAUUUUGACAGUACUAUCGUAUGUGUUUAUUUCUGGGGCACUGUCUAAAAUAGCUUCAUGGGAAGGACGAAUUAAAGCCAUUAAGACUUGUUCUGCACACCUAAUAAUGGUGGCUAUAUGUUAUAUUCCAAUACUGAGCAUCUACAUGGCUGCAUUUUUUUUCCCCAUUUCGCCCAAUGUCAGGAUAAUAAGUACAUCAUUUGCAAAGGCCAUAACCCCCAUGAUGAACCCAAUAAUUUAUGUGCUGAACACUGAAGAGUUCAAAGAAUUCAUAAAAAAAACUUUUCAGAAGAAAUAAAUAAUUAAAAUAACUGAAUGAAUUGAUAUUACAGGAACUCUUUUUUACUGUAUCACAUACUCUGCAUAGAGGUAGAAGCAUGGGUUAAGAAUUUCUUGAUCUCUUUUGAACACCGAAGAACAUCAGUUUUCGGUCCGCUAAUUCAUGGUUCACAUAUUUUGCGGAAGACGUUAAAAUUUUAUUAUAUUAGUCAUUUUGUUAAAAAAGCUUAAUGUAUGAAGUGUGAUGAAUUACAAAUGUUGCUUAUGACAAUAUUGAUUCCAUUUAGAAUUGUUGCAUGUUCAAAAAAAUUUAGUCUUUUGCACAUGCAAUUUGCUUAAUAAAUUACUCAUCAGUGAUGUAAGAAAAUGAACAGCCUAUACAACAGAACCUAUAGUCUGUAGACGCUAUCUCCAUAGACAAAUGGAGAUGUUAUCUUUUGGGAUAAGUAUGCUCUGCAAAAAUAUUUUAAACCUGAGGCAAGCGAUAGUUAAUCUCAUCCGUAUUUAAUGUUUCAGAGUCUCUUUUGCAACUCAAAGUGAAGGAAAUCUACUAUAAAUCUAUUCUUAAUUGGGGAUAGUGUGGAUACAUGUCCACUAAAAUUCACCAUUCUGUAGAUAAGAAUUAAAAGGCAAAUCAAAGAACAACCCAAACCUGUGUUGCGUAAAAACCUGUAUCACAUCUGUCUUUAAUUUUAUUUGUUAACUUUUGUUUCCUCAUUUUACGUAUUUUUAUAUAUUUUUUGCAAAAUAGCACAAUUUGUACUUUUCUUGGCAUGCUUUACUAUUUCUGAUAUUCUGUGGCAUUAGAGGGUACAUUAAAAUCUGGAACCAGGGGCUUUUCCCCCAAUCUAUAAACAAAUCAGACGCUCAUAUCUAAAGAGAAAUCUGUGUCAACAGAUCAACCUGGGGAAAUAUUCUGAAUUAUCCUAAAUUUUAUUAUAUUGUCUUUCAUUCAAGAAACAAAUAGAGUAAGCAAAAGUCAAAUAGGAUUUCACCCAUCCUACGGUACUUCAGAUUAUGUGGCUUUAUUGAUUUCAGAAAAGGCCUGCGACAGACUGUUUAUAAAAGUAAUUAAAAGUGGAACAGGUGCCCAGGUGCAUGACACAUGGUCAGGUGCAUGACAUGAUCAAACCUGUAUAUGCAUGAUAAACGAAAAUCAGUGAAAAUCAGUAAUCAAGUGAGAGCCGUGCACUUUGAACCCUGGUGUACUGCCCGUUCCCGUGACCCACCACUGCUGAGGAUGAGGACAUGCU